GUUAUGACAGAUUACGAAGUACCUCUAUUUGGUGGAGGACUAUGUUGUGAAAUCUUUCAAUUAGUUAUAUUUUGAUAAAUAGUUUAAUUUUUGGGUUAUUUUGUAGAUUUUUUUGAGGACGCAAUGAACAACUUAACUGGAGGAUGGAACUUUUCAACGACGCAAAUGUUUUGUUGAGGACUGUUCAGGACUGUUUUAUUCUCUGACUGGUUAGCUACUAGCUAGCUAGCCAAGUUGAGUGUUAAUGGUUAGCUACUGUAGCUAGCUAACCCUAAAAAGUCACGUCUCCAGCUGGCCGCCUAACCGAAUUUCCCUUAAAAGUUAUUGUAAGGGAUAUAUCUCUCUAGUUGACAGUAUUGGUCAAGUAUGUGUUUGUUUAGCCUUUGUGCGACAACAGGAAUUGCGUUUGAGUACUUUAUACGGUUAGCUAGUUACGAAUAGUCGCUUGCUGUAACUUGAGACAAGUCUGACUUCAUCUAACAAAAAUGAGAUAGAGGGAAGACACCAAGGACAUUUCCCGCUGAUUUAGCUUCUCUGAAUUGGACCGAAAGGUUUGUGUGUAAGGCCUGCAGGUCGGGCUUUCACCCGGAUAGAGUAGGGCUCUACGCCGCCUCUGAGCACUCCUAGACCAGCAGCUCGCGCUGCCAGGCUGGAGGCCGGUGAUUUCAAGAAAUGGAACGAAUGGAAGUGGAUCAGUGCGCAUGCGCAGCUGCCGGGAGCGGAGGCGGGGCUCUUCGUAGAUCGAACAGCGCCCCCAUGAUCACGAGUGUCAGCGAUGGUAUGACAGUGUUCAGUCCAACUAUUUCAGCCCGGUAUCGACGGAGCAGUGUCUCUGUCAACCCCAGCUGUCCUUCUCUGGCCAUCCCCCUGUCCCCUUUCUCUUUGGGUGGUGAGAGACCAGACCACAAAAGGCAGGAAGAGAAUAUGGAAAUGACACUCAGGGGGAGUCUUCAGAGACUGAGUGCUUCCAGCCUGGUCCCUCCUGUCAGUCACUGGCAUGACCAUUCAUCAGUGGGAUUCCAUUUACCGGACAGUGGUGUCACACCCAAUUCGUCCCCUAGUCCAACUCGAAGGUUUAGGGGGCCAACAGUCAGCUCUACUGUGAGAUGGCCUGCCCUGACUCCACUGAAAAGGAAAGGAGGAGUGGAGUCUGAUGGUCCGCCGAAGAAGCUGUUUGUUGCAGGGGUAACAGAUCCUGCUCACCGAACUAGUUACACAGUCAGUGUGUCUCAGGCAUCUGCAGACUCUCCUACAGGUGGUGUGUCUGUGUGUGGUGCUAGUCCCCAGGGUAGUGCCCUGUACCUGUCUCCUCCCCCCUCAUUCACCUCUCACCAGCCCAAUAUCUAGAAACCACAACACCAGCAGCCUAUCACAGACCAGGACUACAGUCAGUCCUAGAUUCUACUCACAGCCUAUCAGAGCGCUCCUCUCCCUCAAACCAUCAGAGCCUUGGGGAAACUCAUCAUAUUCCUUGGCUCCUGAAGUAAUGUCUUGAGUUGAAAUCAAGAUAAUAUAUAGAUGUUACACAAAGACUGGCACCUGUGCUUUGUUAAUCAGAAGGUUGCAUGAAAUGCCCUGCCAAAGGAAGUCAGGGGUGAAGAGACUAUAUUUUUCCUUGUUGGGCUUUUGUUUAUAUCAAAGUUAGAGGUGUUAAAAGGCCUUGUCUGAAAUUGUGUUCAGGGGUAAUGGUGAGGGCACGUUGUAAUCCAACUGAACGUGACCCAAUAGCCCAGUAUUCUUUGAUAGUCCAGAAGUAAGAGCUCAAAAAUGAGACAUGAAGACAAGGUGUCACAGCAGACUGUCGAGCCAGCGGUGGCUCAGUUUGUCUAUGUGAAUAGUGUAUUAAUAUGUGAAUACUGAUAUAAGCAGGGCUGCCUUUAAGGCAGGACUGGGAGUGGGUUCUCUGGCUGAGGGGGUUUGUUCUGUAGAUAUAGAAUUCCUAGGCAAAGCUCUGCCCAGAGGACCCACCCAGUCCUGGUCCUUUAUGGCCUAAACCUAAUGAGAGAUCGGCAUGGAUACUCACCUCUUGACAGGUGUGUGUGAACUUUAGUUUGAUAGAAGGGACCUCGACUGGUGAUCUCAGUCCUCUGGGUAGUGCAUGAUAUUACCCUUUCUCUACAUGCAUACUACUUUAAAAAGGGUAGCCUGUGGAGUGUUAUCACAUUUUCCCAUUGAUUACAUGAAUGUUAUUAUUUGACUUCUGUAAUGUGGUAUGGUUGUACAUGCUCAGGACCCUCGUAGAUAUUGUGUAAUAUCAUAAGUGACAUCAUGGGUAUAUCAUGUUGUUUGGGUUGAUGUAAUCUAUGGGAAAGUUCUGUUUUUUAAUCCCAUGCAUGAGUCUGUGACCUCCAGACCUUUUGACUUGUGAAAUAGAGUACAAGCUGCUUAGAGAAGUGUCUUAUACAAAAACAAAUAAUGUUAUUGAUAGUAACUAUGUGUAAUACUCUUCAAAUGCCCUUUCCAGAGCUGAGUUUUACAGCAACAGACAGAUUAGUUUCUCUAAAUCUGGUCUCCUUUUUGUGGAUGGAACAUUCUACUUCCAAUUAAGAUUUUGCACAGUAUUAGUUUCACAUUAUUAAUCAAUAUUACUGUUACACAAAUGGUAUCCUGAUUAAGACAUGCUGUUGCGUUGUAUAUUUGUUGCUUAAUUUGCUCAUUUCUCAUCGGGUCUCUGUCCUGUCUCAAAGAAGUGCUUAGGUCAGCAAGAGUUGAGGGUCAUCUUCUGAUCUUAACCCCAGAUUUAGAAACGUUUGUUUUUCCUCAGUGACAAUCAGUGAAUUUGGAGGGAAAUAAAAACUCCAGUUUUAAGUUCUA